AUGUCAAAUCGCGCGAACGUAGGUGGCUGGUUGAAGGGAAAGACCAUUCGGAAAGGCGGCAUAACAUCCAACGCACACACCGCUCGCUCCAGCACACCUCAAGUUCAGAGCACAUCCUCGACCCUUUUCAGCGGGGGCGUUAAAGAUGCAUCUGGCCGAACCACCGAAUACUUCUCUAUGGACGACCAAUGCCCUGUGUGCAAGUCUGAUCGGUACUUGAAUCCCAAACUUCGUCUUCUGGUCAGCUCUUGUUACCAUAAAAUGUGCGAGUCGUGCAUUGACCGCUUGUUCACUUUAGGACCCGCCCCAUGUCCUAUCUGCCAAAAGGUCCUACGAAAGCUUGCAUUCACUCCCCAGACUUUUGAGGACCUUACUGUGGAAAAAGAAAUCGCCGUGCGCAGACGAAUAGCCAAGGAAUUCAACAAACGACGCGAAGACUUCUUCGACCUUCACGCCUACAACGAUUAUCUUGAAGAAGUGGAAGAUAUCACUUUCAACCUUAUCAACGACGUCGACAUUCCCCAAACUGAAGCUCGGAUACUCGCUCAUCGGCAAGAAAACGCAGCACUUAUAGAACUCAACCUUCACCGCGAAGAACAAUACGCACAAGCAUUGAAGGAACAAGAAGAGCUAGAACGCCAGGAGAAAGAACAACGUACACUCGAGCUGCGAAGAGAACAGGAGAUAGAGCGCGAGGAACGAGAAACAGCCCAACGCGAGAUCAUUGAUCGCCUCGAGACCAGCACUAAGAGUGCUGCCAAGGUAAUCGCCAAAUCUCGCGCAGAAGCCAUGAAGAGAUCUUCCGCUCGCUCUACUACCACCACGGUUCUAAGGAGCAAUGCCCAGCUCCUGCGUGCACGAGCUGCUCAAAGUACUGUCGUUCCCGAUCCGCCACACGUCCCCCUGCAGGACGAUUGGUAUGCUUACGAGGAUCUCUAUACGCUCAGGGAUCAGUACGAUGAUAUGUACAGUGACGCAGUGAGAAAGGAUCGUGAAGGAAUUAUGAGAGCGGGAGGGUACAGGGUCGAGGAAGCUUGGGACAGAGCCCUCAGAUGCGCUGUCGCUGGGUUGGAUUUACCACCACUAUCAGGACUGAACACAUCGCCUGGAUUGACUGACGUCGUUAUGGCAUCCGCCUGA